AUGGUUCUUCUCCGCGGACACAAACAUCGAGGGGACACUGCGAAGAGACGCUCCAGGCGGAAUCUCACGAGCUGCAGACGUCCAGGACUCAUGCGCAUGCUGCGAACCAGCGCAAAAGACACAAGCCUGGUAGUGUCGGAUCCGCGGUCUGCGGGCCUUUGUCCCUCUGCCUUUCGAAAGUACGAGAUGGCCAUGAAGCACGCAUCCCGCAAGAAUGUGAUUCCGGGCUGCGCCAGCGUUGUGCUCAAAAAGGGGGAAGUCGUGCAAGCCAAAGCCUUUGGCUUUGCAGACUUGGAGGCGCACCGGGCAUUCCGGCUGGACACCAUCUGCCGCGUCUUCUGCGUGACCAAAACUUUUGUAACGGUGGCGUUUAUGAUGUUGGUAGAAGACGGGCUGGUGCGACUGGAAGAUCCGGUGGUCAAGUUCCUGCCGGCCUUCACCGAUGUCCAGGUGGUCGCCUCGCGCUCCUGCGAAGAGUCUCCUCCCUCCAGACUCUGCAGACCCAAGCGGACCAUGCGAAUGCACCACCUGUUGACUCACACCUCCGGUCUGUCGUAUGGCUCUGGCUUCGGCGAGGUUCCCAGCGAUGCCACAGAGGAAGGCUAUGCCAAGCUUAUGGGCGAUGUAGACUGCGGACAAGUCCGAAGUCUGGCCGUUUUUGUGAAUCGCCUGGCGAAGGUUCCUUUGCGAUUUCACCCGGGCGACUCCUAUGCCUACGGCUUUUCCACCGACGUGCUGGGCCGUGUCGUGGAGAUUAUCAGCCGGAAGACCUUGGAAGAUUUCUUGCAAGAGAGGAUCUUCCGACCCCUCGGCAUGGACGACACCGGGUUUUCUGUGCCGGACGACAAGCUUCACCGUUUGGCGGCAUGCUACGGCAAUGCGAGCACCUGGGGGAGGCUCUAUGGAGACGUGUCCGGAAGGACCCCGCUUGUCUCCCGAGCGGGCCUGAUUCGACUGGACGGUGACCGUCCGGAGGACAGCGCCUGGCGCCAGGGUCAGGAAUGCAAGGUGCAGUCUGGCGGAGGCAUCAUGGGGCACCUGCAGGGUGGUUUGGUCAGCACCGUGGCCGACACCAUCCGAUUCGUGCGAAUGUUGGUCCACCGUGGUGUGUCUGGCGACGGGCGCAGGAUCCUGGCAGAGGACACAAUCGCGACCCUCGAGUCCGCACGCAAAGACAGUGGUCUGGCAAACGAGGAGAAGCAGUGCCUGUUGGGGGCGCUAGCGGGCUUCAGCGGCCACGAGUUCGGCUGGGGUGGGGCGGCGUGCACCUACUGGUCGGUCGACCGAAAAGAGAACAAUGCCAUCGUCUGGUUUACACAGCACAUAGACAUGCCAGAGUGGGAGGACCAGUCGGUGGUAAGCAAGGAGGAGGCGGACAUCUGGACGGUGCUGAAGAAUGGCCGAAGACCCAGGUCGAGGUGUCUUAAAACCCCAAGCAAGUUCAGCAGCCGGUCAUCCAUGGCCUGCGCUUUGAGGAGACAGAAGGGUUUUCCACUGUGCUGCCGGUGCAGAUGCAGUCGCAGAUGA